CAUGAACGGCAUCAAAUUGCUGACUCCCACUCAACCAGAGUUCGCCGAAGUCAAUGAGCUGGUUGUGUAUGAGACACCGGUCUCGGGUCGCUGCAUGCGCGCCGCAGCGUGAUGAGACCGGCGCGCGCGGGUAACACACAUUGGGAAGCGCGGCCGCGACGGGCUGCGACGCACGCCGGCUCUUCCAGGGAAUGAUCGCUCGGCGAAAAUGCGAGCUUUUUCAAUUUUCAAAGUUUCAGGCAGCUAUCCAUUUGUGAUUGGAUUCCUGUCCCCCAAAUUGAG